UUUUACUUCCUGAUUGCCGGGGUAACUUUGAGCAGUGUUGUAAAUACUGCGACGAAGUCACGACCAUAUUUUCCCUCAGUCCUGGACUCGAGUGAAAAACUUCCGUGCGCUUUUGCGCUGGGCAAUUUAACGCAAGAGUCACGUUUCCUGUUUAAGUAUCUGUUUCUGAGAGAGACGGAUAAAUCGGACCUGGCCAGUUUAAUACAUCCAUGAGCCGACAGUUCAAGGAUCAACAGUAUGCUGUACACGGCCUUCGUCUGCCUUGUCUGCCUGGCAAUAGGCACAAGGAGCCAAGAGGAGGAGAGGCCGAAAAUUGAAUACCCACCCUUCGACGGUUUCUUCAAUAACCUCAACAUUCCCAACCAAGGUGCUAUAGAUAGUCAUGUAAUUCGGAUGAGCACAACGGCGUACUCUGAUGGUGUGUAUGAGCCAGCAGGCGAUGACCGACCUAAUGCCCUCGACCUCAGCCAGGCAUUCCACAAGGCAGAAGACGGUGAGGACCUCAGAAUGGCCUCUGAAGGGUCCCAGAGAAACCGAACAGCCUUCAUGGUCUUCUUUGGCCAGCAGGUUGUAGAGGAAAUCAUGGAUGUCCAGCGACCAGGGUGUCCGCCAGAGUUCCUCUUUGUUCCAAUCACAGAGAAGUAUUUACGAUACGCGAAUCUUACGGGGAAGGCCAUGCCAUUGUUACGGACUAGGUACGACCAGAGCACAGGGCUGUCCCCCAACAACCCCCGCCAACAGCUGAACGAAAAUACACCCUAUUUGGACGGUAGCCUGUUCUAUGGUCCAGCUAAAGCUUGGGCUGAUUUAAUUCGCGAAUUUGAGGGGGGCAAAUUAAAGGCGCAGGAUCCUAAUGCGGAUAUUAAAAGUAGCUUUCCUGCCGACAACGACAUCCGUUUGCCUAUGGCGAACCCACCGGCUCCUCGGCAGGCUGAAAUAUUCCCCGUCAACAGAUUCUACCGUCUCGGAAAUCCACGCGGCAACGAGAACCCAUUCCUUUUGACCUUUGGUGUCAUCUGGUUCCGGUGGCACAAUAUGGUCGCAAAAAGUUUGAGUGAACAAAACCCAAACUGGAACGACGAGACGUUAUUCCUGGAGGCCAGAAAGCGUGUUGUAGCCCAUCAUCAGAAAAUCGUCAUGUAUGACUGGCUGCCCGCAUGGCUGCAGUUGACACAAAACGGGUCCACAUUUCAGAUUCCUGAGUAUAAAGAAUGUUAUGUUUCAGGAUAUAAGCGAAAUGUUAACCCGGCAAUCGCCCACGAGUUCCAGACGGCAGCGAUGAGGUUCGGUCAUACUCUCAUCCCAAACGGUGUCUUCAAACGAACCGGUAAUUGUGAAUUCGUCAAGACAACCUUGAAGACAGGGUUUGCCAACCAACAUGCUGUACGCCUGUGUAACGCUUAUUGGAAUUCUCGGGAAGCCGUGGAUGAAGACAUGGAUUCUUUGAUUAGGGGUAUGGCAUCUCAGAUUGCAGAAAAGGAGGACGGCAUUAUGGUGAACGACAUCAAUGGUCAGUUGUUUGGGCCAUUGGAGUUCACUCGUCGAGAUUUGGCUGCCUUAAACAUUAUGAGGGCCCGUGAUCAUGGAGUGCCAGAUUACAACACCGUUAGAGAACAUUAUGGACUCAAGAGGCGGAGCUUUAGUGAUAUCACAGAUAAUCCUGAAAUAGCAGAACGAUUAAAUAAAACUUAUGGUGGCAGAGAUGAUAACAUAGAUUUGUUUGUUGGGGGUCUGUUAGAAACAACGGAUGAGGGGCCCGGGGAGUUGUUUAAGAAGAUCACCCAGGAGCAGUUUAUUAGAAUUCGAGAUGGUGACCGCUUUUGGUAUGAAAACUGGGAAUUCAACGGAUUGUUUACAAAAGAAGAGGUUGACGAAAUUAACAAUACAACAAUGCAUGACAUAAUCAUAGCAGUGACAAAUAUCCAACCUAAUGAGAUUCAACAAAACCUGUUUGUCUUUGGAGCAGGUGACCCCUGUCCACAACCCUUCCAGUUGAACGAGAGCCACAUAGAGCCGUGCACUGAGAUCAGACGUUUUGAUUAUUUCUCCGGCAGUGAGGUGUCGUUUGCAUUGUCGUUUCUGUUCCUGGGAUUGUGUGUGCCGUUGACAAUAGGAAUUUUGCUGUUGAUGGGAAGGAGAAGGAAGAAUCAGGUAUUUCAGAACCAAAGGGCGACACUGGCACGUGGCGGGCAGACGGAGAUACUCAAAGCAUCAGAGUGGGUUGGCACAAAGGCCGGGGAACGAAACGUAAUCAUCGAGUUUAUGACAAGGCGGCUUAAAAUCCACGUCAUGGACUCCCGAAAGAACAGUCUGAGGCUUCUAGACCUGCGCAACGUCAAGAAAAUCGAACUCCUGGAGGCACUGGAUGGUGACCAAAGUUUACUGCAAAUCAAAGUCCCGAAAGAAUCCGAUCUGAUUCUACACUUCGGCGUAUCGUCACAGAGGGAAAUUUUUAUCAGACGUCUGGAGGAAUUUCUCAGAUCCAUUGGGGUGAAUCGAGACAAACAGGGUACAAGAGAGAAACUAAUUUAUCAAUCAACCAAUACCAAGGAAAUUCGACAACGGUUCCUGUCUAAGGUCGUCAAAAUCGUUUGUCUGCAGGUGUUUGACCGUAAGUCGAGGUCCAUGGAAAUUGACGACGAUAGCUUGAACAGCGUUAUUAAUGUGGAGAUCACGCGUAGCGAGUUCGCCGAGGCCAUGUCUCUGAAACCAACCUCAAUCUUUGUGAGGAACAUGUUUAAACUCCUUGACAAGGACAACAGCGGCUUCCUGUCAUUUAGGGAGUUUAGAGACUCGUUCAUCAUCUUCUCCAGAGGAGAUGCCGAAGCCAAAACCCGUCUUAUAUUCGACAUGUAUGACGUACGACAUCAGCAAUAUCUUUCUCCAAAACAGUUUACUCAGAUGAUUGGAUCAAUGUUAGAGCUCGGGGAUGCCUCGCUGGAUGCGGCACAAGUGGAAGAAUUGACAUCGUCUAUGCUGAGAGAUGCCGGACUCCAAGGGAAAAAUCGACUGGUGUAUGAGGACUUCAAGAAAGUCUUCAACGACUACCAGGACACGAUUGGCCAGGCCACAGUCUCCCUGGAAGGAAUUGAGAGAGACCAACAGCCUAUCGGAAGGGGAACUGAUCUCAAAUCUCGCGUGAGAAGAACUAUUAUCCAGCACAGAAACAACGAGGGAAUUACCCGAAAGAAGAGGUUUUCCACAGUACGGCUACCAGCCUCGCAGAAGAAGGAACCCGACACCGAGUUUGGCAAAAAACUUCACACACUGACUCGCUACAUUUCUAACUACAGACUCCAGAUCUUCUGGGUGACUCUGUAUACGCUUGUGGUAGCUGGAAUCUUCAUAGAGAGAGCAUACUAUUACUCCUUCAACCGCGAACAUGCGGGGUUACGGAGAAUCGCCGGUAACGGUGUCACGGUCACCCGUGGAGCAGCUAGCGCAAUGAUGUUCACCUAUGCCAGCCUCCUGGUCACGAUGAGUCGAAACACGAUCACAUUUCUGCGCGAGACAUUCCUCCAUCGCUUCAUCCCAUUUGACUCCGCCAUAGCCUUCCAUAAGUAUAUCGCCAUGGUGGCCUUAUUCUUUACGGUCGUGCAUUGUGUUGGUCAUGGUAUCAACUUCUACCACAUCUCCACUCAGAGGGCCCCAGAUCUCAACUGUCUGUUUCGGGACUUCUUCAGGCCGACUCAUGUGCUUGCAAAAUUCCAUUACUGGCUGUAUCAAACAAUAACAGGCUUUACCGGCGUAGUCUUGACCUUGAUCGUCGUCAUUAUGUAUGUGUUCGCAAGUCAGUACGCCCGCCGCCAUGUCUUCAAAGCCUUCUGGUUUACACACAGUUUCUACGUACUCCUUUACAUAUUCAUGGUGCUUCAUGGCAGCGGUCGACUCGUACAGGAUCCACUCUUCCACUAUUUCUUCCUGGGACCCGCCAUUCUGUUCACUCUAGACAAAAUCGUCAGCUUCAGUAUGAAGAAAGUGGAGCUGUCAGUCGUCCGAGCUGAACUGUUACCCUCCGAUGUGACCCAUCUGGAGUUUAAGAGACCUUUGAACUUUGAUUACAAAUCUGGCCAAUGGGUUCGCAUCGCAUGUACUGAGCUGAGCACAAGCGAGUAUCAUCCCUUUACUCUAACGUCAGCACCGCACGAGGACACGCUCAGUCUGCACAUUCGGGCCGUUGGGCCAUGGACCAACAAUCUACGCAAAACGUACGACAUUAACAACCGGGGCAACAAGCCGGUGCCAAAGCUGUAUGUUGAUGGGCCGUUUGGUGAGGGUCACCAGGACUGGUACAGAUACGAUGUGUCGGUGCUGGUUGGAGGGGGAAUUGGUGUUACGCCAUUCGCUUCCAUCCUGAAGGACAUCGUCUUCAAGUCGAAAACUGGCGCCAGGUUGCACUGUAAGAAGGUGUAUUUCCUGUGGAUCACCCGCACUCAGAAACAGUUUGAGUGGAUGACGGACAUUAUCCGCGAGGUGGAAGAGUCCGACAGUACAGACCUGGUGUCGGUACACAUCUUCAUUACGCAGUUCUUCCAGAAGUUUGACCUGAGAACAACCAUGCUGUACAUUUGCGAGCGUCACUUCCAGAAGGUUGCCAACAAAUCCCUUUUCACCGGCCUGCGUUCUAUCACCCAUUUUGGACGCCCCGAACUCAACACCUUCCUGGACUCGCUACAAGAAGAGCACAAGAACGUUAGGCAGUUUGGCGUGUUCAGUUGCGGCCCACCGCCAAUGACCCACAGUGUGGAGAGCGCAUGUGCAGCUCUCAACAAGCAGUUGGGAGCAACUUACGUGCACCAUUUUGAAAACUUCUAAAUGUUUUACGUUAUACCUACAUUUACCUGAGAUAAAUAUAUUUGCUCGUCAUGAUUUGAAGUUUAGUUAUAUGCUGAAAACAACGAUGAUAUAGAAAUAUCCCCAUAAUCCUACUUUAUGUGUACAUUUUUAUUUUUUUCAUAUUAUAACUUGAACGAUAAGGCUUUGUGAAUAUGGGACAGAAGACCAACUGACUUAAAUACUGGACUAAAGCGUCUUUCCGCAAACCUCUACUGCUGCCCAUUUUUUUUGUAACAGCCAGAAGAAUAAAAAAAAAACAAAAAAAAGGCCUGAUCAAAUACAUUAUGCUUUUGUGCAAUAAUUGAAAGUGGUGCACUAAAAAUUAGUGGGUAUUGGUGCUGAUAUAUUAGGCCCACGUGUAUAACAUGUAAAUGGCUUACCAGCAGUACCUGGCAUAUGCAGUUCUUUCUGCAGAAUAUAAUUUCUUGUAAUAGCAAUAACCCCGUGGCAAUAAAAAAUCUAUUGAAUGUUUUUCCUUUUUGUUCUAAAUAUAUUUCCAUGGAAAACAUUGUUUAUAUACUGCCAUUGAAAGCUUUAGAAAAGAAUAAAGCAGAUUUCUUAAUUAUAGAAUUAAGAUGUUCAACGUCACACAUAUACUAUUCUUAUACAAUCAUGUAUAAUUUCUCGUUUUUUUUUCUAUAAAAUUUACACCAUAUAUUUGCGCAUAUUAUUUUAAAACCAUAAUAAUGUUAUAUCAUACCGACUGAAAAAUGAUCGACUUAUGUAUUUAACUGAGAUGAUCAGCUAUAUGGGCGUUGCUGUUGUUGUUGUUGGGGAUAGUAAUCUUCAUGCUCUUGAUUAUGAGGUGCGUUUAUGCAAUACACAAGGGUCGUCGUUCCUGAACUCUAAUCCGUUGAUUGUCUUUGUUUUACACAAACAUCUUCCAUAAUGAGCUUAUUUGUAGCAUGUCACAACAGCCACGCAGUGCUUUAUCAAUUAGCCUAUUAUUUCAAAUUGUUCAGAUGCCCUUAUAGCCUCCUCAAGGGUUCUGUGGUGUAAGAUAAUUUCCUUUUUACUAAACCAUGGAGGCCUAUCAUUAGGCUAGACACACGGAAAUUAAAUGAACAUGCAAGGAUUAGAACUGUUUGUAGCUGAUAAGAGAUGAAUGGAAUGUUUUUUCUUUUUUAAUAAAUACAUAUUAAUAUUAUCA